AUGUUAAAAUGGUGCUAUCCUUCGAAGGUAGAAUGGAAUCACUGCCAUAAAAAAGUACGAAUUAAAUCCAUUCAAUUCCGAAGGACUUUCAUACAUUCUAGGACGAGAAAUAAUAAUAAUUACGCUAGUAAUACAAGAGCUCAAAGUGUUAAUAAUAAUGGUAUAUUUACUAAUAAGAAUUGGUUAAUUCGAAAACCACAAUUUAAAAACAUACCAAAGAUAGAAAGAAAUGAUUUCAUCGAACGAUUCCAAUUUGAAAUCAAUCCCAAGAAAUAUAACAACGUUUAUACUAAAGAUCUAGAAUUUAAAAAGAAUUUGGAUAUGGCCAUGAAUCAAGUAUUCCAUAAUAAAAUGAAAUCAUUCGAUAAGAACGAAUCUCAAUUGAAAAGACUUGUUUGGAACAAACUUCGAGAUUACAUCUACGCACAGUUACAACAGAAAGAUUUGGAUAAAUCGAUAUCACAAUAUAAACCAAUUUUAUCUCAAAUGAUACAACCAUGCAAUCCCGAGCAUCUUAUAUGUCAACUUGCUAAAUGUAAUAGUUUUGCUUCUAAUACGUGGGCCAAAAUACUGGGAAAAACUGAUGAACAGAGGACUAUUACAACUUGUGACAAAUAUUAUUAUCUAUUAAGCAAAACAUUUGAUUAUAUCUACGGACAAGAAAUCAUACCGACAUGUUACGAAGAUGAUACAAUUGAUCCAAAUCCAUAUUUAAAUGCAGAGGUAAAUAUAUCAGACCCAGCUGAAUGGUUCGUAGAAGCCAGGAAGAUGAAAAGACAUAUUAUUAUGCAUUUGGGACCUACUAAUUCAGGAAAGACAUAUAAGGCGUUACAAAAGUUGAAAACAUCUGAAAGUGGAUAUUAUGCUGGCCCUUUGAGAUUGUUAGCUAGAGAAGUGUAUGAUACUUUUAAAUCCCAAGGGAUUAGAUGUAAUUUAUUGACUGGCGAGGAAAUUAUUAAAGAUUUAGAUUCCAUGGGGAACUCAGCCAAAUUAACUUCUGGAACUGUGGAAAUGAUUCCUUUGAAUAAAAAAUUUGAUGUUAUCGUGCUAGAUGAAAUUCAAAUGAUGAAUGAUGAAGACAGAGGUUGGGCCUGGACAAAUGCGUUGUUGGGCGUCCAGGCUCGUGAAGUCCAUUUAUGUGGUGAGAAAAGUGCCUUACCCUUGAUAUCUAAAAUUAUUAAAUUGACGGGUGAUAGACUGACUAUUAAUGAGUAUGAAAGGUUAGGCGAAUUAAAAGUUGAAUCAGAAGUUUUAAAAAGAGGGCUUUACAGUCUUCGUAAAGGUGAUUGUAUAGUAGCAUUCUCUAAGAAGAAAAUUUUAGAUCUAAAGUUACAAAUUGAAGCCAAGACUAACUUAAAAGUUGCAGUUAUUUAUGGUUCCUUGCCUCCAGAAACGAGAGUUCAACAGGCUCAAUUAUUUAAUGAAGGAGAAUGUCAUGUCUUGGUUGCAUCAGAUGCUAUUGGAAUGGGACUAAACCUUUCUAUUGAUAGAAUUAUUUUCACCACUGACUUGAAAUAUAAUGGAAAAGAACUGAUGAAGUUAACGAAUUCAAAUAUUAAACAAAUCGGAGGGAGAGCUGGGAGAUUUAAGUUCGAAGGUAAUGGGCCUGCUAUAGGUUCGAUUUCCAGCUUGCAUACCGAGGUAUUGGAUUCAGUAAAGGAAGGUAUUGAAGCACCAAUAGAAUAUCUAAAGAAAGCUGUCAUAUGGCCUACUGAUAAGAUAUGUGAACAAUUAAUGAUUAGAUUUCCACCAGGAACAAAAGUCGGGGUAUUAUUACAAACGUUAUCAGAUCAAUUGGAAGCAGGGUCUAACAAAUUAUUCAAAGUUUCUGGUCUGGAUAAUAAAUUUAAUGUGAUAAAACUGUUUGAAGAUAUGGAAGAUAUUCCUUUUUUAGAUAAAUUAAAAUUGAGCAAUGCACCUGUUAAAAACCUACCGAUGGUACAAGAGGCAUUUUCACAAUUUUGUUUGACUAUUUCCAAGAAGGAAACAAGAACUUUGCUAUCGUAUCCAUUCCCAUUCUAUAUAUUGCAAUACAAAAAUAUCACUAACGAUGACUAUGGAUUAGAACGAUAUGAGGCAUUAUAUAAUAUCAUCAUGUUAUUUUUUUGGUUAAGCAAUAGAUACCCAAAUUAUUUUGUUGAUUUAGAAUCUGCCACUGAUCUGAAACAUUUUUGUGAAAUGAUGAUAUUCGAGAAACUUAAUAGAUUAAGCAAGAAUCCAUACAUUAGAAAGUUUCCUUCUAUUCGUAACUCAAAAAACCCUAAAAUGGUUAAGAAUCGUCGUUAG